AUGGAUUUCUUUGAACCUGGCAGUAUUACUCCAACAGUGAAAUUGAAUGGUCUUGAAAUGAAAAGAGGGAAGCCUGCCAUCUCUAUACCAUUAGAUCAAAAGCGCCCCAGCUACAAAGCAAAUUAUAAUUUUUGUGGCAUGUACAAUCGGAGAUGCCACCACCCAAUGUCUAAGGUUUUCUAUGUUCAGUUAACUAGAGGUGAGCGUGAGUUUUUUGGUGAAGGAAAGACUCUCCAAUUCUGUAGAAAAGAAAAGAACCAGUGCAAAACAGUAUUCCUUUAUCCAAUCUCUCAGAAACUGUCGGAUAAAUACAAUGUUCUUGAAUGGAUCAGACAGGAAAUGAAAUGGAAGAAGGAAAAAGAUGCAAAUAAGUCAGAAGUCAAUACAGUAUUUGAAAUUGCACUGAACCACAACACGCAUACAAGUUUUGUGGUAUCAAAAUAGUCCCCAUAUAUGAAGAGUUUUGUUACUCAAGUAUCAAUUGGAGAUUUCUCAGUUUAAGGUGAAGGAAACAGCAAAAAAUUGUCAAAGAAAUAUGCUGUAAUAAUAGUCCUGCAAGAACUUCGAAAACUUUCUCUUCUUCCUAUAAUUUGAAAGCCAAAAGUUCAUUUUUAAAAAUGUAGAAGAAAAAUGUUAAAAGUUAAAGUGGGACAUGAAAUUACAAUUGGAACAGGACCCAAGAAGAAAAUAGCAAAACGGAAUGCAUCUGAAGCUAUGUUAUUACAGCUUGGCUAUAAAGCCUCUUCCUCUACUUAAAGAACAGCCAGAAACGAGCUAAUCCCCAGAAAGACACUUUCAUCUGCCGAUUAGUCAUGCCCCUGCAAGCCUCAAUAACCCGAGGGUAAGUUAUUGAUGUGUUAAAGAUGUAAUCGCAAAGGCUCAAGGCAGCCAAAGAAAUCUCACUUUUUUAUCUAACCAUGGCAUCAUUUUGAGUCAUUUUAACCCUGAUAAGAGAUCCAGUGUAGUAAAUCACUAUCUUGAUCAUCGCUGUUCUUAUGUUAGCUCCUGCUGUAAUUGGUUCAUGGUUCUGAAUACCUCAGAGGUUAAAAUGAGCAAGCAAAAAAUGAAAUGGCAUCCAAAUAUAACUAAUUCAGGAGGUAUGUGAUGAAGAUAUGUGACUAAUUCUAUCGCAGUCUCAUUAUUAAGCAAUGAUUAUUGCACUCCAGGCAGCCAGUGGUGAAAAAGCCCAAUUUUUCAAAUCAAUAUUUAAAAGGAUAUUAUCUUACUUUAAAUAAAUUAGCUUCCAAUUCUAUUAUUUCAUUGUGGAGUAGCUUGAACCAGUUUAAUAAGGUAAACUAAUACAGGUAGUUCGUGACAUAUAACUGGUCAUUUUAUGAUUGUUUGGAGUUACAAUGGCCUUAGAAUGGAUGCUUUAUGAGUUGCGCUUCCAGCUAUGGCAAAAUGUUGCUUCUCCCUCAUGGUCACAUGAUCAUACUUUGGUUGCUUGGCAACCGGCUCACACUUAUGACUCGUUACAGGAUCCUUCAGCCAUAUGACUGUUAUUUGCAACGGAAUGAAUUCAUUUGGAAGAUUAUGUUUAAUUAUUCCAUUUCCUUAAUAACUAUGAUAUGCUUAAUAACUGCCAUGAAAAAUGUUCAAAAAAUGAGCCCAUUCACAUGGGUUCCAUGAUUUAUGACUGCAACAUCUGGAUUUCCAUCCCAAUUGUGCUCAUAAGUCUAGGACUGAAUGAAGCUUUAAAAACUAUUUUAACUGUUUUCUUGUUUCAUUUUAUAAUACCACAAAUAAACGGAAAUGCAACUGAUCAAAAACAUUUCCCAAUCCAACAAACAUUGCCUCUUACACAAACUAAACCACAAACAUCUACCACUCAACCAAACAAUGAAGCAAUACUAGUAAAAGAUACCAUUGAGAGAGAACAAAGUGUCAAAAUGCUAUAUUAUUUGGACUAGAUAUUACAAAUGAACCAGAUAUUGAUAAAAUACGUAACAUCAUUUCAAAUUACAAAUUAUCAACCUUCAACCCUAGUGAAAUAACCGAAGUCUCCAGAGAUGGACCCGAUGGACCCGAACCCAAAAACAGUGAUGGUUCUGUAGAGUCAUCUGCAAAAAUGAAACCAGCAAACGAAAUUUCAUCUAUACUAUAACUAACUAUACUAACUAUAAACACAAUUGCCAGAAACCACCUCAACCUCAACAAACAUAGAGCUAGACCUGACCUAUCAUUCCUACAACGUAUUAGAUCCCGUGAACUUCGUUCAGAACUCAAACGACGGCAAGAUGAAGGUGAAACCAACCUUUACAUUGAUUACCGUGCUGACUGAAUAAAAAGAAAAACCUAUAAUCAAAUCACUCAACCACACUUCAAUCAAAGCAUCCAACCAUCCAUCAAUCAAGGCAUCCAUCCACCCGACAAUCAAAGCAUCCAUCCAUCUGUUCAAUCAACUGUUGAUCAACCAACCAACCUCCAACUACCCGUACAAAACCUCCAACCAUCCAAUGAUCAACCACUCAUUGCUCAACCAACCUUUCUCCAACCAUCUGUUGUGCAUAACCCUCAAUCAACUAUCAAUCAAAACUAGGUAUGCACGCCCCUUACCUCUUCUACACUAAAUACUGCAGGUCUUAAAUGUAAAUUGAUAAAUGCAAGAAGUAUUGUAAACAAAUUGCCUGAAUUUAUCCUCUUGUUAAACAAUGGUAAUUGUUCCCCUCCCUCUUGGACAGCACAGCCGUCCUCCAGCUCCGCUCAACACAGCAGCAGCUUGGGAGCCCUGAUCUGCUGCUAACUGCAUUGCUUUCUGGGCAUAAAUCUGGCUGGUCAAGAGGUUGGGGUAAACAUUCUGAAAGUGGGGCUUAGAGCCAAUCAUGGGAAAUGCUUGAUGGUGGUGCACAUCUUAAAAUGAACAAGGGGCCUGGGGAGGGGGAGGGGGAGGGGGGCAGCCAGGGCAAGGCCUUCUGUAAUAAAAGAGGCUUUCUGGGCCCUGCCAGCGCCUGCUGCUGCUGCUUUAUGGGAGAGGCACCUGGUGGGCAGGAGACGUCCCAUGAUGGACUUCAUUGGAGCUAAUCAAAAGGCUGAUGUGGAAGGGAGUCGCUGCGAAGAAAUGGGCCACUAUAAAAGUUACAAAGCUUGUCACAGAAUAAACCCAGUUUGGGUGAAAAAUAUGCUCCCUUUGUCACCUUUCCACCUCUCCUUGCCCUCACUUUCUUUAUUUUGGGGGCAUAAAACUCCCCUCCUCCCAGGACAAAGAGUCACAGGGGUUGAGGAGAAAGGUGCCCGCUGCUUCUUAGAGGGUCUGUCCGAUGCUUGUGGGCAGGUGGAGCUAUGAAAAACUUGCAGCAGGCUGUGUUGCUGGCUGGCUGAAUCCGAGCCAGAAAAGGGUGAUCAGAAUUCACUGCAAGUGCCCUCUCAAAGGGAAUCCCAGCAUUCAUUCUUCACCCUUGCCAACAUGUGAGGCAGAGGCACCAGGCAGAAGAUGGUUACCCACACCAAGACGUUCUAGAUGUGCAAAAAGGCAGUCAAAGGAUCCACCUCCAGGCAGCGCCCGGAGGAAGAAAAGUGUCCCUGAUUAGGGGCGGAGAGCCAGAGAAGGGAAAGAAGCAAAGCAUCGUGCGUUGCUUGCUGUCUCCUGAAGUACUGGGGCCCUGCAGGGACCCUAUCGCCUUCAAGAGCACUUGGGAAAGGCACUGCAUGGUUGAACUCUGGGUUUGCUGUUUGAUGCAGAAGGGGACCCUGAGCUCAGCCACUUCUGGGUAGGAGGGAGGGGGGCAGCUUCCUGGUCCCUCAGAAGCCUGAGCAGCUGCAGGAUCCCUGCUGGGGAUCUGAAUGCAAGAAUCGCUGGGCUUCAUGGAUGGAACACAAGGAGAGAAGCCACCUAGAACUAAGGAGAAAUUUCCUAACAGUGAGGACAAUUAACCAGUGAAACAGCUUGCCAUAGAAAGUUGUGAGCCUCCAUCCCUGGAAGCUUUCAAGAAGAGACUGGAGAACCACAUGCCUGUAUAGGGUCUCCUGCCUGAGCAGGGGGUUGGACUAGAAGACCUCCAAGGUCCCUUCCAGCUCUAUUCUAUCCAUUUUGAUCAGCACAGCUCUUCCUGGAUCAGUGGCCUGGAUCUGUUUGGCAUCUCUGGCCACUGCAAUUUUCAGAACAAUACUGUUUGGUGCUAGGGGGGAGAAGAAUCGCCUCUCGAAAUGCUGCACACUUGUGUUCUCCUCCAGAGUGAGUUUGCAGGCAAAAAUGCUGCCUUUCCAGUCUUUGAAGCUCAGGCUUCAAAGCGCUCCAUGGCUUAGGACCGGGUUAUCUACGGGACCGUCUACUGCCAGCUUCUAUCUCCCAUCGUCCGGUACGUUCCCACAGAGAGGGACUCCUCAGGGUGCCAUCAGCCAAACAGUGUCGACUGGCGGCCCCCAGGGGGAGGGCCUUCUCUGUGGGAGCUCCGACCCUGUGGAACGAACUUCCCCUCGGACUUCGACAAUUACCUGACCUUAGGACCUUUCGCCG